AGUAAAGGGAGCCCUACACACACACACCUGACAAGAUGAAAUACCUGGCGUUUCUUGCUCUAGUCGCUGCAGCUUCGGCACACCUUUGUAUGAUCAGUCCCCCCCAGAGAGGCUCUAUGAGCGGGCUUAACACAGCAGGAAGCUCUGACUGCAUUCUAUUGAAAGCGCCAUGCGGAGGAAGACCGCAAUCUGGGGCUGGGCUAAGCAUACCAGCGGAGCGUAAUUUUACAGUCACCAUUCAGAAGAACCUGGAUCAUUGGCUAGAAGCUUCUCCGGGCUACUUCAGCGUGGAUAUCGCGCUCCCGCCCUUCACUGAUUUCAAACAACUGGUGCAGAUCCCAGAUAUGGGGGAACCGUCUCUACAUCUUUACUCUGUGAACAUCACUGUGCCUGGUAGCAUGACAAAUCUUGACGCUGUAAUCAGGUCCCAGUACGUGACCAACAACCCAAAUGCACCAUCAGUGUUCUACCAAUGCGCGGACGUCUUUGUGAACUAGGCAAGGUUGACUCGUACCCUGCCUUCAUUUCAUCGGAAAGGCCCUUGUGGGAAGGACAGUUAGUUUUGCCCAGAUGACAAAGUCGGCAAAAGGCAUUACGUCAAACUGUUGUGACUGUUUACACGAAAAUCAUUUCCAGUCUUGAUUCUUUCACAUUGUAAAGGAUACUAUUCUCGUUCUGUUCCAAAUAAAACUUGUUAAA